UGCAAGCUUAUCAGCAGCUGAAACAAAAGAAGCUGAGAGUUUUUUCAUCUCUCACGGUUCAUAACAUUACACUAAGCCUAAGCCUAACAAACAAAUUAUUGGCAAAUUAAACACCAAUCAGCGCCCAAGUGUUGUGAUUUAAAUGUAUACGAAAAACGUUUAAGAAAGACAAAGGCAAGGUCCAGGCAGAUGCUUGAAGUCAAGUUGAUAGCCGUGGAGUGUGUAUUAAGAUCAGACUUCUACCGUCAGUAGCGACUUGUUUCGUUGUGUUUGGAUCGUGAAUAUAAAGCUCUUCUCUGAUUUCUCACUCUGUCUCUGGCAGACCUGCAAAAUGCCGCCUAUUUUCCGGCAAAUGCUCCAAGUGUUUGCGCUCUUGCCCCUCUGCCACGUCCUAACCACAGUUGGCCAGACGGCGUCAGUGUGUCCCGAUCACGAGUUGUGCGUGAGUGAGCAGCGCUGCAAUGAGACGAACGAUGCUGGCGUCGGUCACAUUACACCACGCAUAGCUCUGGUGUGUGGAAAGCAGCAGGUUUGCUGUCCUCGCGUGCAGUUGGCCAAUUGGGAUGCGACGCACAGCAAAGAGAACGUGGACUCGCGCCAGGGCGAUACUGGACUAACUGUGGGGCCAGCCGCUAACAGUCCCUACAAGAGUUGCGGAAUGCAUAAGGAGUGUGUUCCGCGGCAGUUAUGCAAUGGCACCAUUAUAAACGACGGGCGCUUCCUUGUAGGUCCGCGUGUGGGAAAUGUUAAUACGACAUUGGGCGAAGAUCCAAAUAGCUGGAAGUGCCGUCCCCUACAAACUUGCUGUCUUGUGGAAGAUCAACUCCCGCCCGAAAAGAGUCUUCUACAGUCCAAUGUGCUCGGCUUCAAGUACUUGGGCUGCGGCUAUGCGAAUCCCCAGGGUGCGGGCUUCAACCUAAAUGGAUAUGAUCCAGAUGUAUCGCAGUUCGGCGAGUGGCCUUGGGUGGUGGCUCUGCUGGGUGCGCGCAAUGUUUACCUUUGCGGUGGAACGCUGAUACAUCCCUCUCUGGUACUGACCAGUGCACACAAUGUCCACACGCAGACAGAAGACACGUUGGUGGUUCGCGCAGGCGACUGGGAUCUGAACAGCAUGGAAGAGGUAUAUCCAUUUCAGUCGCGCCAAAUUAAACAGAUUAUUCGGCACGAGGACUUCAACCCGUUAACGUUUUUCAAUGACAUAGCACUGCUGGUGCUGGAGCAGCCCUUUGAGUUGAAACCGCACAUUCAACCACUGUGUCUGCCACCAACGGAGACGCCGGAGCUGCUGCGCCAGCUACGUGCUCCAACAACCAUAUGCUAUGCAACUGGUUGGGGCAAAAAGUCGUCCGCCAGCGAAGAGCACGAGCAUCUCCUCAAGCGCAUAGAUCUGCCCAUAAUAGGUGCAGACGAGUGUCAGGCCCAGCUGCGACAGACUAUUCUGGGGCAUCACUUUCGCUUGCGGCCUAGUUUCAUUUGUGCUGGCGGCAUUAAGGGCAAGGGAACUUGUAAGGGUGACGGUGGAUCCCCUCUAUUCUGUACAAUACCCGAUACUAAUGAUCGCUAUAUGCUUGCCGGCAUUGUCUCCUGGGGUAUUGGGAACUCGUGUGCUGAAGAGGACAUUCCGGAUGGCUAUGCGAAUGUGCCAUAUCUGCGCCCAUGGAUUGAUGAAAAGGUUCGGGGGCUGGACAUUAAGCUAGACUCAUAUUAAUCUGACAGAAACACCAACAUGCCUAAGCAUUUUACGAUACAAUCCAAUCAACAAUAAACAAUUUAUUUAAAAGCAA